ACACACAGCACUAUGGCCUCACAUUGCAACACCCAAUAUUUCCUAAACCCAAGGCUUUCCUUCAGGCUGUUGGCUCUGGUUGGGACUUUGACGUGGCAUUUUCUCGUCACAGAAGGUGCUGGUCCAAUUGAGCUCAGAGGGGAGGUUGGUGGAAGUGUGACCUUUUCCUGCCCCGUUGCAAAACAAAAAUUGAAAUUUGUGUACUUUCAGAGGGGCGAGAUAUUUGUCAAUGGCUACUAUGAAUCAAAAAAUACAACACAGCUGGCAUGGAAGAACACAAGAGUGGAUGAUGACAAGACAACUAUGCACAUGUACCAUUUGAACAUCUCACAUCAUGGUGAAUAUCAGUGCCAUUUCCAGUACAGUGACAAUAGUGGAGCUCAAAAACAAGUCAUACAUCUCAGUCUCACAGCCAACUACAGUAAACCUGCGCUCUCAGUGCACUGCAGUGAUGACAACCAUCGCUAUAGUUGCCUAGUGACAUGUGCUUCACAUUAUGGGUACCCGAGCAAAAAGGUGAAGUGGAACGAACCAGCGAUUCAAAUGUGGAAGGUUUUGAACAGCAGUGAAAUUAGCGAUCCAAAAACCAUGAUGGUCAACAGCUCAAGCACUGCAUACUUCAACUGCUCCAAUGGAAAGACUUCAGUCAGGUGCUCUGUGGGCGACGUCAGCUCAGACAUGGUCUCAAUCUGUUCACCCAGGGAUCCCCCACCUGUUUUUCACAAUCUUGUGAUUAUAGCCAUCCUUGCAACAAUGGGUAUCAGUAUUAUAUUGAUAUUGCUGCUGUACUGGAGAUGCAAGAAGGGACAGAGAGGAGCGGCAGCAGUAGAUUUUAUGCUAAUACAUGGAGAUGUGAGGAAAUGUGAGGAGGAGGCAACAGUCCACAAUGAAAAAAAUGAAGCAACAGAGGCCUCUUGAGUGCCAAAUUGGUGAAGAUGAAUGAACAACUUCUUCUUGGUUCUAGAAUCUAGAACUAAAACUACAUGUCAUUCAAGUGUACGUUGCAUUUGUGACUGACCAGCUGUAUACGAGCCAGGAACUGCCAGAGUUGUCGGGGACUCAUUGGCACUAGUCUGUGAAUCAGAAUCACUGGGGAUUGCUGUCGACAAUUCACAGACAAUGACUUUUGUGUUUGUGUUUGAGGAAGUAUUCCUUAUGAGUAUCACUUUACGGGUGAUGUGCAGUGCGUCAUUCAACUAAGAGUAGCUUACAUCU